AUGAUUCAGCACGGUGCUGCCGACGUCUUCACCAAGGGUGCGGAUACAACCGACAUGGCCGAAGAUGAGGAUAUCGAGACUAUCCUGCGUAAAGGUGAAGAACGAACUGCAGAGCUCAACAAGAAGUACGAGACGCUCGGCAUUGAUGACUUGCAGAAGUUCUCAUCCGAGAGUGCAUAUGAAUGGAACGGUAAAGAUUUCACCGAGCGGAAGAAGGAUAUUGGCAUCAGUUGGAUCAACCCAGCCAAGCGUGAGCGCAAAGAGCAAUUCUAUUCCAUUGACAAAUACUACCGCCAAGCCUUGGCCACUGGAGGCCGAACCGCAGAUACAAAGCCCAAGGUCCCACGUGCUCCUAAACAAAUCACUGUCCACGACUGGCAGUUCUUCCCUCCUGGUCUCCAUGAGCUCCAAGAGAAGGAGACGGCCUAUUUCCACAAGGAAAUUGGCUACAAGGCUCAGUUACCUGAAGGCCCCGAAGAGGAGCUCAGUGAGCGAGAGGCUGAGCGGGACCUUGAACAACAGGAGAUUGACAACGCUGUCCCGCUUACUGAGGAGGAGCAAGCCGAGAAAGCUCGUAUGUCAGAAGAAGGCUUUGGAACCUGGAACCGACGUGAUUUCCAGCAAUUUAUCAAUGGAUCUGCCAAGUUUGGUCGCACUGACUACAAGGGCAUUGCCACUGAGGUGGACAGCAAGGAACCCAAUGAGAUUAAGGAAUAUGCCGAAGUCUUCUGGCGCCGAUACACCGAGAUCCAGGACUAUCCUAAGUACCUCCGAGUCAUUGAUCAGGGUGAGGAGAAGGUGCGGAAGAUAGACCACCAGCGGAAGAUGCUCCGCAAGAAGUUGGAGAUGUACCGCGUGCCGCUUCAGCAGCUCAAGAUCAACUACACCGUGUCCACCACCAACAAAAAGGUUUACACCGAGGAUGAGGAUCGAUUCUUGUUAAUCAUGCUGGACAAGUAUGGCGUCGAGGGUGAGGAUUUGUAUGAAAACAUCCGUGAGGAGAUUCGUGAUUCGCCUCUGUUCCGAUUCGAUUUCUUCAUGCUCAGUCGUACGCCGGUGGAAAUUGGUCGCCGCUGCACUACUCUGCUGAACACCGUGGCCAAGGAAUUCGAGCCCAGCGAGGGCAAAGGCCGUGGUCGUGAUCGUGAUGAGGAGGACGAGAUGGAAGAAGCGCCCCCUGCCAAGAAGAAGGCUAAGAAUGGAGCUGCUCCGGCCAAACAGGCCAAGGCCGCCAAAGGUGGUAGCAAGACUGCCUCUACCGCAAGCUCCCGAGCUCCUAGUGCCGCUGCAACCAAGUCUAAGAGUCGCAAGAGGUAA